CGCCGAAGGGCGGAGAAAGGCUUUCUUCCCGAGACUUCGGCCCGAGCGCCGGCGCGGCCCCUCAGCGGGCGAACGCACCUGAACGCGGGGGCGUCCCAGUGCGCGUGCGCGGCAAGGGGCUUCCCGCACCUGAUCGCGAGACCCCAACGGCCAGCGGCUGGAAGCUUCGCCUGUGCGCGCGGCCGAGGGGACCUAGUUGUGGAGCUAGUCAUGGCGCAGCUGUGCGGGCCGAGCCCGUGCCGGGCGCUCCUCGCCCUGCUGUCAGCGCUGCUCCUCGUCGGGGCCGAAGCGGCCGACGGAGAGCGCGACGUCCACGACUUUUGCCGAGUUCCAAAGGUAGUGGGAAGAUGCCGGGCCUCCAUGCAGAGGUGGUGGUACAAUGCCACUGGCGGAUCCUGCCAGCAGUUUGUAUAUGGAGGCUGUGGUGGGAACGACAAUAAUUACCUGACCAAGGAGAAGUGUCUUGAGAAAUGUGCUGAUGUCACAGAUAACAUCAUUGAUGGUCUGGCCACCAGCAAGAAUGGAGCAGAUUCCUCUAUCCCAAGUGCUCCUAGAAGUCAGAAUUUUGAUGACUCCUCCAGCGAUAUUUUGAACUACGAAGAAUACUGCAAUGCCAAGGCGGUCACUGGGCCUUGCCGCGCAUCCUUCCUACGCUGGUACUUUGAUGCCGAGAAGAACUCCUGUGGUAACUUUAUCUAUGGAGGGUGCUGGGGCAAUAAAAACAACUAUCUCUCCAAGGAGGCGUGCAUGAGCCGCUGUUUCGGCAAGCAGCUCUAUCCUGUCCUGCCCCGCAGCACUAAAGUGGUGGUCCUGGCGGGGCUGUUCGUGAUGGUCCUGAUCCUCCUGCUGGGAGCCUCCGUGGUCUGCCUGAUCAGGGUGGCGCGGAGAAACCAGGAGCGCGCCCUCCGCACUGUCUGGAGCUCUGAGGAUGAUAAGGAGCAUCUGGUGAAGAACACAUAUAUGCUAUGAUUGCCCAGUCGCCAAGAGGCUGCCCCUCUUCAGGAUGCAGGACCCCCUGUUGAUGGAGAGAACCUGGGGGUGGGGGCAAGUAUAGAAUGUGUGUGUGCUUUUUAAUAGAGUGAUUGAUUUGUAUUUUUGCAAUCAUUAGGGCUUUUGGUCUGUUUGUUAUUUCAGAAGUUAAGAGGGCUUCCUGGCCUCAGACCAGAGUCAGGUUCUCUUUGAUUUCUUUACUCCAGGUAUAAUUUUCUUUGUUUAUAUUGAAGCCUUUUGCCUCCUUUCCCACCACCAUAGAAGUGAUGUUUUAAUAGUUUCCUUUGUUUGUUUGAUUUGUGAGGUUUGUUUGUUUUUUUUAAGUAAGCAGAAACGAAAGUUUUUUAUUAGAAUUCUGAAAGGAAGAGAGUAAAAUGUACAAGUUCAAUAAAAAGGGCCUUCCCUUUUAAAAUAAA